ACGGUGGGAGCACAGCUGCCUGUCAUCUCGGGCAGUGACCUCAGUGGGUCCUCUGCGCCCUCCGUGCCUUUGGAUCCCGGUCCCCAAGUUGGCCCUUGCCUAGCGCCAGCUUUAUUCCCCUCUCAUUCUCACCUACUUUUAUCUAAAGGAAACCUUUACUUCGCCAGUGCCCUGUUACCACCCUCACCUGCCUCAAAGGACAAGGUGAUCCAGUUGUCAUAGACUAGCUGUGGAUUCCCAAGGUGGCCCUGCAGAUACCAAGAGGGCCAUACACUCACUGCUCAUUUUUGUUUCCCCAGCCCCCAGCACAGUACCCAGCACAUAGUAGCACGAAUUAAAUACCUUAUGGGCAGAUGAAUGAAUGAAUGAAUGAAUGAGUCCAAUUCAGGGGCUGCAGGGCAGGAUAGGUGUGCCUAAUUACAUAAAACUGGAAGGGGUGUCAUUUGGAAGAUUGGUUCAGUCUUUCGACCUAGGAAUAUACAAAAUCCACUCAUUCUUUCAGUUUCAUUUGCAUUAGGACUUCUAUAUACCUAUUGUUUAUGUUUUGUUUAAUUUUUUUUUUGAAGGCAAUCUUAAGGCUACAGAGAUUCUUAUUGGUUAGUUCCUUAGAGGUUACCCAGAUAAUCUUGAGCUUCGCCAGGGUUACAGCUCCUCUUCCGUGGAGACUAGAUGCUCGCUCGCCCUGGGGACGAAUUCUAGAGCCAGCCCUAGCCCUAAGGUCUGACUCUGUAGCCGGUGCUUCAGGCAGGCUGAAGAAGUGAAGGACUUUGGUUAGGAUCGGGGUUCAGGGAUCUAUUUAUGGUCCAAGCUUUAAGGAAAGUAGGCAUUGUGGCUGGAUGAUGAAAUAAUGCUGGUAAACAGUAGCCAUUCACAAGCUAGGAAGUAGUGCCUAUCAGGAUCGUAGCAUCAUGAGUUCCUUCCCGUCUCUAUACCUAGCACCCCUUCCUGCUGCUUGGACACGUUAAGCUUGGUUCCUUGCUGUUUUCCUCCGGUUUUUAUAUGCUGUUGAACAGCACUUUUGUUGUGGUUUGGUUGUUUUGUUUUGUUUGACCGGAUCUCACUUUGUAGCCCUGGCAAACCUUGAACUCAGAGGCAUCUAUCCACCUCUGCCUCCCAAGUGAUGAGAUUAAAGGUGUGGCCCACCACACCCAAUUUGAGCAUCACUGUUUGAAGGUAAGCCUGCCUUAGGGUAUGUUUUUUCCUUGUCUGUGUCUGCUUUGAUUCUCCAAUCCUUUGACCAGUCUCUGUAAGAUUAAACUUUGGAUCGCAGAAACUGAGCAAGGGGAGGGACUCCUGAGCCAAAUUAAGCAAUAUGACUUUUUACUUUCCUUUUGUGUAAUCAGUAUUUAAAAAAAACAAAAUAACAGAACUUUCUACUUUUUCUGGCCUAGGCUAGUUGUAACCCCAGAUCAGAACAGUCUAGAUUAUUGAUUUUUCUCCUCAAUCCCAAAAUGUCAGAGCAUUGCCAGAUAAGAUUGUUGCCCAGUUAAAUUUGAAUUUCUGUUAAACAACAGAGCCCUAUCAUUUUACUUGCUAAAACUGGCAACCGUAGUUCAUGUGUCCUCUUAUGUGUUCUCUUUUCCUCUCAGGGCUCGCUUGCAAAUUUAGGACAACAACACCCCCCCCCCUUUUCUUCCUGUCUUUCUCUUACUCAUGCACAAUGACUGUGCAUUCUGCAAAGAGUCACUUGACCAAGGAGGUCAUGCAGUCCGUGCUAGGCUGAGGACAGGCUCUGGGAAACGCUCUGGGUGCUCGGGGUUAAGCUUACCCAGAAGGAACCCACGCCCACAGUGGUUUGCAAUAUUGUUCUUCUAUCCAGUGAGUCCGUCUUACAUGGGGAACACCUUUUAGAUGGCCAGGUGUCAAACUCUCCUGAUGAAAUGUGCUGUGCCCCACUGGGCUCCAAAGGCAGUAUCUGGCGCUGUUGAUGCCCUUGUUGGAACUUUCCAGAAUGGAUAGCCCCCCUAAGCUGACUGGAGAGACCCUCAUCGUCCACCAUAUCCCCUUAGUGCACUGCCAAGUCCCAGACAGGCAGUGCUGCGGGGGCGCAGGCGGAGGCGGUGGGGGCACAAGAGCCAAUCCCUUCUGCCCCCCGGAGCUGGGCCUCACCCAGCCUGACCACGACCUAGGACAAGCUGACUCCCUUCUGUACCCCAGCCUGCACUCAGCGCCAGGGGCACCUACAGGGUCUUCAGACAGCGUCAAAAGUAGGAGUCGGGAUGGACGAGGCCCCGGAGCUUCCAAGCGCCACAAUCCCUUCUUGGUGCAGGAAGGUGUGGGUGAGACAGGACUCGGUGACCUGCAUGACGGCAGCACUGGUGACAGUGUCACCCAGCAGUCCUUCCACCUGCACAGCACCAGCCAGCCCUUCCAUCUGUCUUCUUUCCAGCUGCCACCGUCCGGCCCCGGGCAGGGCAGGCCUUGGGGUGCAACGCGCAGUCGGCCUGGAGUGGUGGAGGGGCAGGAACAGGACCCAGCAACAGCCUUGGGGACCCAGUGCAGCACCAGCCACUGCUGCCGGCCAGAGCUGGAAGCUGAGAGGAUGGAGCUGGACGAGUGUGGGGGACACGGGGGGAGUGGCAGUGGAGGCGGGGCCAGUGAUACCUCUGGCUUUUCCUUUGAGCAAGAGUGGAAGAUCAGUUCCGACGAAUCCCCGAGACACCCUGGACGCUCUGGCUCGGGAACCCAGCACUGCCACUGCAGUAGUACGUCCAGUCAGUCGGAGGCGGCUGACCAGUCCAUGGGCUAUGUCAGCGACUCAUCCUGUAACAGCUCCGACGGCGUGCUAGUCACCUUCAGCACCCUCUACAAUAAGAUGCACGGCAGCUCCCGUGCCAACCUCAACUCUGUCCCUCAGUCCUGCAGCGACUCUUCCUUCUGCAGCCAUGCAGACCCUGGAGCCUUCUACCUGGACCUGCAGCCCUCCCCGGCUGAGUCGAGAAUGUCUUGCGAGUCCCACCACCCUGAGAACGGGGACAGGGAAGAGGGCUGUGGCUGUCCUCAUGUCUCAUCCCCUGAGCUCGAUGCCAACUGCAACGCCUACCGCCCACACUCUGAGCCCUGCCCAGCUGUGGCUGACCUCACAGCCUGCUUCCAGAGCCAGGCCCGCCUUGUUGUGGCCACACAGAAUUACUAUAAACUUGUCACCUGUGACCUGUCCUCACAGUCCUCCCCGAGCCCCGCUGGCUCCUCCAUCACGAGUUGCUCUGAAGAACACACCAAGAUAAGUCCUCCACCAGGCCCCUGCUCAGACCCAGACCCCAACCAGCCCUCUGAGUAUUACCUCUUCCAGAAGCCAGACAUCCAGCCAGAGGAACAAGAAGCAGUGGGUUCCCCAACAGAAGCAGCAACCGCCAUGGGCCCCACUGUACUUGAAGGGCAGGUGUACACGAAUACUUCCCCCCCUAACCUCAACACUGGCCGGCAGCGCUCUCGAAGCUAUGACCGAAGCCUGGAGCGCAGCCCCGCUGUCCGCCUGGGCUCACUAGAGCGCAUGCUUAGUUGCCCAGUACGGUUAAGUGAGGGCCCUGCAGCCCUAGCUGGGCCCGCGUCCCCACCCAGAAGGGUUACCUCCUUCGCUGAGUUGGCCAAAGGCCGGAAGAAAGCCGCGGGCUCCGGCUCCCCACCACUGCGGGCGAGCGUUGGAGAUUCUUCCCAAGAGUUCCCACCCAUCCACGAAGCCCAGCAAGACAGGGCAGCCCCACUUGAUGAGGGCGCUCGAUGUAGCCAUAGCCUGCCAUCCCUGCCCUUGGGGCCAAGCUUGGACCUCCUUGGCCCAGAACCCUGGUCCACCCAGGUUUGUCAGGGCUCCCAGGCCAGCGAGAUGCCACUUCCUAGCCUCAGAGCCGCUGGGCAGGGACCCUUGGCCCAGCUGAUGGAUCCUGGGCCUGCUCUCUCGGGGAGCCCAGCCAACAGCCAUACCCAGAGGGAUGCGAGAGCUAGAGCUGACGGGGGUGGCACCGAAAGCCGACCCGUCCUUCGCUACAGCAAGGAACAGAGGCCGACCACCCUACCGAUCCAGCCAUUCGUGUUCCAACAUCACUUCCCCAAGCAGCUGGCCAAGGCCCGGGCCCUGCACAGCCUCUCCCAGCUCUACAGCCUCUCGGGCUGCAGCCGCGCACAGCAGCCCGCCCCGCUGGUUAUCUCUACUGCUCAAGGCCCAGCCCCAGCUCCCUCAGGAGAGCCGCAGCCAUUCACAUCGCAGGCCACUGGCAGAGGCGCCAGAAACGCUGGGCCUGAACCAGAGACCUCACGGCCAUCGCCCCUGGGAAGCUACUCCCCAGUCCGGAGUGCCGGCCCCUUUGGGUCUAGCACCGACUCCUCUGCCUCUACCUCCUGCUCCCCGCCUCCAGAGCAGGGCGCAGCAGCAGACAGUGUAUCACCAUGGAGCCAUACCUGCCCUCCUACUGUGCGCCCUGCCACAGCCCAGCAGCCACCGAAGGAGGACCAGAAGAUUCCGACCUUGGCUGAGUACAGGCUUCAUGGCACAGGAAGUUUACCCCCUCUGGGUUCCUGGAGAUCUGGCUUCACCCGGGCAGAGAGUCUGGUUCGAGGAGGUGGUGAGGGCAGCAUGGCCUCCAGGCCCAACAAUGCCAACCACCUGUCCCCUCAGGCCCUCAAGUGGCGGGAAUACAGGAGGAAGAACCCACUAGGGCCACCUGGUUUGUCAGGAAGCCUAGAUCGAAGGCCACCGGAAGCUCGGCUGGCCCGCAGGAACCCCAUCUUUGAGUUCCCUGGUUCUUUCGGCACAACCAGCCAUCUGAAUUGCCGGCUGAAUGGUCAGAUUGCGAAGCCACUGUCACUGACCUGUCCUGACCUGCAGGACCCCUUCUCCUUAACCGAGAAGCCUCCCGCUGAGUUCUGUCUGUCUCCCGAUGGCAACUCGGAGGCCAUAUCCAUCGACAUACUUCAGAAAAAAGGGCUGGUAAAAGCUGUCAACACCGCUGUGGACCUUAUUGUGGCCCAUUUUGGCACGAGCCGGGAUCCUGGCGUGAAGGCAAAGCUGGGCAACAGUUCUGUGAGCCCCAAUGUCGGCCACCUGGUUCUGAAGUACUUAUGCCCUGCAGUCCAGGCCGUGCUCGAGGACGGACUCAAGGCCUUCGUACUGGAUGUGAUCAUCGGCCAACGUAAAAACAUGCCUUGGAGUGUGGUCGAGGCUUCCACACAGCUAGGCCCAUCCACCAAGGUCUUGCAUGGCCUCUACAACAAAGUCAGCCAGUUCCCAGAACUCACCAGUCACACCAUGCGCUUCAACGCCUUCAUCCUUGGCCUGCUCAACAUCCGGUCGCUGGAGUUCUGGUUUAAUCACCUGUAUAACCAUGAAGAUAUCAUCCAGACCCACUACCAGCCCUGGGGCUUCCUGCGGGCGGCACACACGGUGUGCCCAGGCCUCUUCGAGGAGCUGCUGCUGUUGCUACAGCCCUUAGCCCUGCUGCCCUUCAGCCUGGACUUGCUGUUCCAGCACCGGCUGCUGCAGAGUGGGCAGCAGCAGCGGCAGCACAAGGAACUGCUGCGUGUGUCCCAGGACCUACUGCUGUCUGCACACUCAACACUGCAGUUGGCCAGGUCCCGAGGCCAGGAGGGCCCUGGAGACAUGGACAGGGUGGCUCCUGGGGAACGGGUGAAGGGGGUGGGUGCCUCAGAAGGUGGAGAAGAGGAUGAGGAAGACGCGGAAGAGGUGGCAGUGGUGGCGGGGAGCUCAGAUCAUGGCAAGUGGGCCCGAGGGGGUCAGGCUGGCUGGUGGUACCAGCUCAUGCAGAGCUCCCAGGUCUACAUCGAUGGCACCGCUGAGGGCUCUAGAUUCCCUCGCAGCAGCAGCAGCAGUGGCAGUGGCAGUGAGAAGAAGAAAGGAGUUGGCAGUGCCCAGGCUCCGCCCCCGCCGCCUCGGGAAGGUGUGGUAGAGGGGGCGGAGGCCUGCCCUGCCCCUGAGGAGGCCCUUGGCCAAGAAAGGGGCUGGCCUUUCUGGAUGGGGAGCCCCCCUGACUCAGUGCUAGCUGAGCUGAGGCGUAGUCGAGAGAGGGAAGGGCCUGUUGCCCCACCGACGGAAAAUGAGGAAGGGACCGCAGAGCCUUCACCUGGGGGCAUCAAGUGGGGACAUCUCUUUGGUUCUCGGAAAUCUCAGCGGGAAGCCCGGCCCACGAACAGGCUGCCGUCGGACUGGCUGAGCCUGGACAAGUCUGUGUUCCAGCUGGUAGCACAGACGAUGGGGGCCCGUCGGGAGCCCGAGCCCAGGGAGAACCCUCCAGCCGUGCCCUCCAAACCUCCGUGCGAGGUACAGGCUCUGUGCCACCAUCUGGCCACAGGCCCUGGACAACUGAGCUUCCACAAAGGAGAUAUCCUCCGGGUGCUGGGACCGGCUGGAGGAGACUGGCUGCGCUGCAGCCGCGGCCCUGACACCGGCUUGGUACCUCUGGCCUAUGUGACAUUGACCCCAACUCCAAGUUCACCUCCUGGAAGCAGUCAAAACUGAGGCUUGUGCAUGCUGGUGGCCUCAGGGACCCUCACAUCCCCCGAGACUCAGAGCCUGAGAGUCCUUCCCAAGCCUCAGGCUUGGCUAUGAAAAGUAUGCUGAGAGCUGGGGCCGCGGAUCUCUGUGCUGGCGCCUGCUCCCCGUGCUCAGUAUUAAUUUCCCUUCCUCAGUGUCCCAGACCUCCACCCGGGGAAGGAGGGGAGGAACACUCAGUGCUGGGCUGCCCGGUUUUCCUGGCCCAGAGGUCAUUGGUAGGUUCACUAGGCCAACUGAUAAUGAAGAUGGUUAACAGUAUUGGGGCCAGAGUCCUAAGCCCCUCCAUGCUGUAAAUAGGCGGCGACCGGUGCCUGGUCGUCAGAGUAAGGAGGAGGAGCCCAGGCUUCUGUUUAUGUAUGUAUUUAUUUAUUUAUUAUUUAUUUAUUACACCUAAUAAUAAAAAGGUGCUCAGCCUCCAAGCCA